AUGGCGCCUCUUACUAGUGAGCCCGAUGCUAUUCGAGUCGCACUUAAUCUCGCCCGACGCAAGGUAUUUUACAGCCUCGUUGUUGAGAUUGCGGCGUACAUGCGAUCGCAACUAGAACUACCUUAUAGUCCCAAUGGAUCACCAUCUCUUUCAUCCUCUUCAGGGCGAGCUCCACCUCCAUAUUCAGAAACAACAGAUGCACCUCUAUUCUCACCCCGCACUAACAGUCGGGAUUCCAAUUCCACGCCACCACCACAACCACCACGGCCGCAAAGAACGCCCACUAGUCCAGCACUUUUUAGAUUGCGGAAGGCGGCGCUGCUGCAUUUCGACUCAUGGCGCGACGAAACUCUCGCUAAAUUAAAAGAGCUUGUAGCUAAGCCUGACGAUCAGAAAGUCGUUGAUGCCCGUCGAAAGCGCGUUGAGCAGAUAAACGCUAGGACCAGAGAGGAACCAUCUGACGGUGAGGACCUGCUAAGCUUCGGCGACAAUAGCAGGUCUACUCAGACGUCAAUGACACCGGCACUGCCGCCCCGGUCUACCGGACCAACCAGUAUACCCGCCUUUCAGGCCUUGUACCACCCCAUUCCUACCCGGCUCACCACGAUCCCCAUGGAGGAUCGCAAAGAGGUUCUAAGCGCCAUGCUAAUCCUACUGUUAUCUAUCGGCAACUAUUCGGCGUACUCGCGUACGCUGAUCUGCUACUUGACUUCUGCGCUCGAGAUCCCACCUGCGUUCCUCGACGCUGAGGAAACAGAGAUCGCGACGACUAUGGUUGAGGCCGCGAAGAAGGCUGAGCAAGAAGGUGGCAUGUCGGCCGAGGCCGAGGCGCAGAAGCGCAGGGAGCAAGGCCAAGUGGGCCGAUUUUGGAAAGUUGGGUUGGCGUCCGUCGCGGGCGCUGCUAUUAUUGGUGUGACGGGGGGUCUUGCUGCGCCCGCUGUAGCCGGUGUGAUCGGUGGUCUCAUGGGGUCCGUCGGGCUGGGCGGACUAGCGAGUUUCUUGGGUAUCUUCUGGAUGAACGGCGCAUUAGUGGGUACGAUCUUCGGGGCGUUCGGGGCAAAGAUGACGGGUGGUAUGGUUGACCAGUACGCCAAGGAGGUCGAAGAUUUCAAGUUCCUGCCGCUACGGGAGGAGUGGGGUGAAGGGUGGUCGAAUAAAGAAGACGGCUCGAAAGCUCGUAGGCUCCGCGUUACUAUUGGUAUUAACGGCUGGCUUACGUCCGAGGAAGACGUAACAAAGCCGUGGCGGGCCCUUGGUGACGAGACUGAAGUAUUUGCCUUGCGAUAUGAGAUGAAGAGUUUGAUGGCGCUCGGCGAUAAACUUAGAAGCCUCGUUGGCUCUACUGCAUGGAGUGCUGUAAGAGCUGAGAUCCUUCAGAGGACGGUGCUUGCGACGCUAAGAGGCGCGCUGUGGCCUAUCUUUCUCCUGAGCUCAGCUUCCAAUAUUGAUAACCCGUUUAGUCUUGCGCGAAAUCGAUCCGAGAAGGCCGGUAAGAUUUUGGCAGAUGCAUUGAUCAACAAGGUGCAGGGAGAACGACCAGUAACUCUAGUGGGAUACUCGUUAGGAGCACGGGUGAUCUACGCUUGCUUGAGAGUACUCGCAGAUCGAAAGGCAUUUGGACUCAUAGACAACGUAGUCCUGAUUGGAGCACCGGUCCCAUCCAAUACAGGACACUGGCAGAUGAUGCGGACAGUGGUCUCGGGCAAGCUGUUCAAUGUAUACAGCGAGAAUGAUUACAUCCUGGGUUUCCUGUACCGCGCGACAAGCAUGCAACUCGGCAUCGCCGGGCUGCAAUCUAUCGGUGAAGAGAUCGAAGGGGUCGAGAAUCUGGAUCUGAGCAACGAAGUAACGGGCCAUCUGCGAUACCCUGAACUCACAGCCAAAAUCUUAACACGAUGUGGGUUUCCCGACGUCCGCGGUGGCGCGGGCGCUAUCGAGAAGGACGACGGGAAGAUUGAGAUUGAGCUCCGCGAUAAGGAUUGGGCUGAGACGGGAAAUCUGAUCGAUAUUGAGGAUAAACCGGAGCGUCCGAAAGACGAAUUUGAGACUAUGCCGAAUGAGAAGUUUGAUCCGGCGGUGAAGAAUGUGCUGGAGCUGAAGAGCGAUGUUAGCGUAAGAGAUGAGAAGAUAGAGGGCAAGAGGGAUAUGAAAGGACCUAUUGUCGUAUCACGGCAAACAACGGCGGUAACAACGAUGACGACUACGCCAUCUGUAUCGAGCCUCACCGAGACACCUAGAGAUACCCUUGAAACUUCCUCCAUCGCUGCUUUGUCCAGGUCAACGAGUGCGACUCUGGUUGAGAGUCCACCGCCUGCGUACCCAGGUAUUGUACCGAACACUAGCCACAACCACGAUGACUACAACUACGAUUAUGAUUCAGACGAGGAGGGUGGCGGGAUUAGGAUGGUGGAUAAUGACUCGGAUGGAGAGUUGACCUUCAUCGAGCCGCUACAUAUUGAGGAUUGA